CUCUCUCUCUCUCCUCUCUCUCUCUCACACACACAAACACACAGUAGUUGAUCAAUGGCUUCAAUUCUGUCAUCCCAAGGGGUGGUGUUGGCCACCGCGGUGGCAGUCUCCGGCGCAACCGUAAUCCUACUAGCCAUCCGCCUCCAAAAGUCUCCUCCUUCAACCCACCACCAUUUCCCACUCCUUCCGCCACCAUCUCGCGGCGGCGCAAUCUCUUCAGAUGAAAAAAUGAAAAAAGAGAAAAAGAAUAAGAAGAAGAAGAAAAGGGUGCACUUUGCAGAAGAUGUGGUGGACCCAGUUGGAAACAGUGAUGAGUAUAGAAAAUUGCACAGCAAUAAAUAUUUAAAUUUAAAUUUAAAUUUAAAUAAAUUGCCAUUAUUAAAGAAGAAUGGGAAAAUUGAAGAAAUGCCAGCCAAUAGAAUGGCACUUUACAAUGGAAUUCUCAGAGACAGAAGAUCCCUUCACAGGGUGGCUUAUUCAUGUUAAUAUUGUUUUUUUUUUUUUUUUUUUUUUUCAGUUAGGUCCUCUAUUUCGUAGGUAAUUGCAUGUAAGGACAUGAGUUUAAUUUGGGAUUGCAUGUGGGCACAUGAAUACUUUUUGUCAUCUUUCCAAGAGUUGAACAUUGAUUCUCUUUUACUAUUA